ACGAAAAAAAAAAAUAUAAAUAGUUAAAUAUUCUCUUUUUAAACAGCGGGAAAACAGCACGGAGAACACUCCUCCCAAAACAGCAUUUGUUAAAUGUUGGACAGUGUGACAUGGUGAUGAAGACACUUUAUCUCAGCUGACGUGUUUCAUCACAGGAAAAAAAAAAAAAAAAAAAAAAAAAAAAAAAAAAAAGGGAAAGAAAAAACCCCGACAACGCCCGCAAAAGUUGUGCCAUGACUCUAUCCUUGCUUUCUACGGACUGAAAUCUAGUGCUGAUGGAAAAGAAAGCAUUUUUGAAGAGCCUUCGGGAAUCUCCAGCACAAGCCUGCACGCUAAACUCUAAACAACACACUGGAGUUUAUCAGCCAUGCUUCCAAUUCUCGAAAGCUGCUCUUUUUAAACAAGCAGGCUGCCAGGAAGAUAAAGGGCAGGGGAAGCCGUCCCACGGGCUCCUGCUGGGCUCUUCCCACGCAGUGGAUGAAGGUGUUAAACUGGCAUGUGUCUACCAACAAGGGAGUGAUCCUUUUAAGUCCUUUGCUUCGUCCCCACUUGUGAAAUUUGUUGUGCCAGUGGGACGAGGCUGGCUAUAAAACCCCAGCACCGGGGACCUCCAUCCAGCUCGGGCAGCCUGCCAGCACAUCUCUGCCGAGAGCAGCCCCAGGGAGAUCCCCCCCUUCAUCUCUGCCGGGCAGGGAGCUGCUUCUCUGGCGGAGGAGGAUGGAGCUGAGGUGUGCCCGGAUGCUCUGCGUGCUCUGCCUCGUCCUCACGGUCCAAGCGUUUACCCAGGAAGGGCUCAAGGAGCUGGUGCUGAAGCAACUGGGGCUGUCCGAGGUCCCUAAACUUCACAAGCGAGAUUUGGAGGAUCUGGUUAUCCCAGACCACGUCAAGAACAAGUACAUGUCCAUGCUGAAGCGCCAGAGGGUGAAGCGCCGAGCUCUGCCGAGCCUAGCUGGCAUCCUCAGGGGGAUCCCGGGACACACAGGCAUGACAGGAGAAAUCCUCUACUCUGACACAACCACACGCCAGAGGCUGAUGUUUGACAUGGAGGGCAGAAUACCCAAAAACAGCGAAGUCACAAUGGCUGAACUGAAACUCUUCAAAAAGCCUCUGGACAGAGCAAAGCUGCCUGCCAAGCAGUCUCACAGGCCUGUCUCCAACGCCAGAGUCAGCGUGUACUGGGUGCAGAGGCAGCAUGAUGGUACCAACAGGACCUCCCUGAUAGACUCCAGGCUGGUUCCUAUUCGUGAGUCGGGCUGGAAGAGCUUUGAUGUGACCCAGGCCGUGCAUUACUGGCUGCGAAACAAGAGGCGGGAGCCGAUGUUCCUGGAGGUGUGGAUCGAAGGGGAAAGGGUGGGCAGCUACGCCUCGGAAAUGGCCAAAGCUGUGAGCUUCACCUCGCAGGACCCCAAGGAUAGAGCCCUAGGCAAGCCUGAGCUGGUGCUUCACACCCUCAACUUGGAUGACUAUGGGAGCCCUGGGGAGUGCAGGGAGGAGGUGACCGUGGGCAAAUCCACCUGCUGCCGGCAGAAGCACUACAUCAGCUUCCGCGAGCUGCCGUGGGCGCAGCACUGGAUCCUGGAGCCGGCGGGGUUCCAGGCGUACCGCUGCUCCGGGAGCUGCCUGCAGCCCCCCCGCUUCCCUCGCCGCCCGGGCUCCGGGCAGCGCUCCUGCGCCGUGGCCGGGAGCUCCGCGCUGCCCAUCCUCUACCUCGUCCGGAGGGGCAACCACACCGAGAUCGAGGCGGCCGAGUUCCCCAACAUGAUCGUGGAGAGGUGCGGCUGCCUCACGGACGGCGAGGCGCUGGUGUGAACAGGGGGUGGCCUGGGGGUCACACAUCGCCCACAGCCCUGCCGAGAGCCACCCAGCCCCGGGGUGAUGAAGGUGCGGGGGGUUCCUGCUGCAAGGGUCAGCAGCGCUGGGGCCCUGCAGAGAGAGUGCACUUAGUAGCACUGGGCUCAGAGGAGCAUGCAUUUCACCCUGGAGUAUUCAAACAGCUCCAGGCAAAAGAAGAGUGCCCAUCACCAGGUGAAGUGCAAACUCGUGGGCUCAGCUUUUCAUUCUUGGUCCUUGUCUGUUCAAGCUGUGUUUUUGGUGAGCUGGAGAGAGGAAGCACUUACAUGUAUAUAAUCUGUACACACACAUACAUACACAUUCACACAUGUACAGAGUGUAUGAAUAAAUGUGUGUAUUGUCUACAUACUGGAUAGCUACGUAUUGAUUACAUACAUAUAUAUAUGUACAUAAAACAUUGCCUAGAGCCCAAAGGAACAUAUUUAUGUGCAUAUGUGUUGCAUGUACAUAUACAUAUCUACAUGUACAUAAAAUAUUAUCUGAAACUCAAAGGAUUAUAUUUUUGACCCCUGCACCACAGGCUUAACCAGUUUUAGGCAGAAUCAACAGGGACAUUAGGACUUAGGUUUGCUUGCACAGACAAUAGUUUGUUUUUCUGAUUCUGUAUUACAGUUAUGUCAAUGUAGGGAUAUUUUUCAUGUUGUGUGCUUUCAAAAUCAAGGAAAAAAUAAAAUACAAGUAUUAAAGUUGCCAUGUGUUUGCUUGUAUUUGUGGAGGGGAAAAGAUCUGUCACACUUCUGUGAGUGUCCAGUGCCCAGCUCCUAUAAACAUACACACAGUAGCUUCUCAGGUACCUGUGUGACCCCACCUUCUUCUGGUGAAGCUUUCCUGCUCCCCCAGGGACAGGGCUGAAUCAGCAGGCAGAGCAGAGCCUACACUGCCAGCACUUCAUCCUGAACUGCUGCGGUGUUUAAGCCAACCCUUUCUUAAAGAGAAAACCUAGAAUCUCAUCUGCCAGCAGGAGGUGGCAGAACCUGCAGGGGUCAGCUGGAGCUGGAGUGCAGGGAGGGAUGAGCUGCCUCCCAUCCCCUUCCCGCCCAGGGAACCUGACCCUUCCUGUUGGACAUCUCACCAACACAUACCCUGGAGAAAUGCUAUGAUAAUCUGGUUUAAUCCUCUGAGAACUGUUCAGAACUCCUGGCUAGGGUGUCACCAUGCUGAUGAUUUCGUGUCAAACUCCUCGGUUCAUAACCCACUGAGAUGCCAGUGGCUGUAGGGAUGAAGUUUUGCUACUGACCAUCUCUGUUGGAUGGUGGGAUGUAGUCCCCGAGGCUCUGGCUGAACCUGCUGCUGGUGCAAGGGCUCUGAAAUGUGUUUGUGUGACUAGACAGGGUGACCAUGGACCAGGGGAAAAGAGGGACCUGUUUGACUCUGCAGCGGCUUUGUGUCGCCCGUCAGGAAGAUGCGAGUGCUCCUGCUGCUCUGCACGACCCCAGGUCCGAGGUCACCCAGGCAUCUCUGCCAUCACCUCAUGGGUAGGCUGGCAUCUCUCACUUGUGUAAACACCUGUGGCAAAAGAGUUUCAAAGGGAGGAAAAAAGGCAAAAGCACAAACUCACCAUUCACCAGCCUGGGCUACAGCACCGUUGGUCGCUGGAGUCAGAAUUGGAUGAGCCAGAAUGAUCCCGGCCAUUCCCUUCUCAUGACUAUGUA